AUGAAAUUAGUUGGCAGAUCGGGGAAAUUCCAUGUAUCAAGAUCCGUUCAUCACAAAACUUACUUUUACAUCACAGCAACAAAAUUAAAGUUUUUGGAGUUGAAGGCUAAAAGAACCUACCGCUUCAUAGUGUUUAAGAUUGAGGAGAAGCAGAAGCAGGUUAUUGUAGAAAAGGUUGGUGAUCCUUCUCAAAGCUAUGAAGACUUUGCUGCAAGCCUUCCUGCGGAUGAGUGCCGAUAUGCUGUCUAUGAUUUUGAUUUUGUUACUGAGGAGAACUGUCAGAAAAGCAGGAUUUUCUUCAUUGCCUGGUCUCCUGAUACAUCAAGGGUACGUAGCAAGAUGAUUUAUGCAAGCUCCAAGGACAGGUUCAAGAGAGAGCUAGAUGGGAUUCAAGUAGAGCUGCAGGCAACAGAUCCGACCGAGAUGGGUCUUGAUGUUUUUAAAAGCCGUGCCAACUAAAUAAAAGUCUCCAACUCUCAUAUUGGAGAUUCUGUCAAUGCUGUCUGCUUUACCUUAGGUGAAGUGUUAAUAGUUUGUGGAGGCAGUUUGAACCUGGCUGAAUUAUUAUACUGGUUUGUUGUUGAAGUUUCACUUAUGCAGCAUUUCUUCAUCUAGAACCAAUUCAGUGAUUUCGGUGAUGUCUUUAUUGAUUUGAUAUGGUGUGGAAGUUAUGAAAUGAGUGGCUACUUAUAGUUAUUUUUACAAAGCUAAGGUGUUUUAAUUUCGUCA